AUGUAUAAACGUCCGGUGUUUAACGACCAGGCGCUGAUAUUAAAACCAGUCAUAUUUAAAUUGAUACACUUCAAUUCGGAGCGAACCCGACGGCUCACUGCCGUCCUGGUGCCGGAGCGGGGUAACGUGACGUCAUGGUCGGACAAGUACCUGUAUUAUGCACGCGGGUAUGUAACGAGGACUAGCCGCAAGAGCCCAUACUACAUCAAUGUAGAGGGCAAAACAAAACACACGUGGGGCAAUAAUGUGACCGCGCAUUUAAUAUUUUAUGAGUAUUUGCACAAUGAGUACCGAAGGACAUUCAUCGAAGCACAUUUGCGGGGCUGUGACGUCGUAAACAAAGAUCCAUUCAUAGGUCAACUGUUGAGGGAUAGAGGAUACUCCUGCCCUCAUCCACCGGCAGAUUUCCACUUACUCAACAUAACUGUACCAAUGGAUGCAUUUAGGUACACGAUACCGUUCGAGAAGUUUCGAGUGGAAGCUGAACUCACACAUACAGACACGAAAGAGAGUAUCGCAAAAGCCUACGGAUAUGCAAGUUUGAAACCUAAAUACACCGAUAAUUGA